UCCUUCCCCCACACUCAACCACGGUUUAGGGAAGGCUAUGUUACACCGGCCUGUACAGUUCAUAUCAGUGAGUCACACCGUGAUCUAUGCAUGCUAGAAUAACGUGCACUCAUAGUUGAUCAGAUAUCACUUAAUAUCCGUAUAUCUCGCGUACUGAAUUAUCUGUCAUAUGUAUAGUAAUACGUAUGCACAUAUAUAAAAAAGCUGAACGAUAUUUGCUGCGAAGUUGCGAGCAGCUGUAAAGAACCGUUUAAACGCGGGAACACUAGAUCCUUUUACAUGAAGUUUGGCACAGCAAGUACACUAAUAAGAAGGUUCAGAGACACUUUGAGGUGACCGUCCUCUAGGUGCGCACCCUCGAUAAAUACGUUCCUGCAAGCCGCACUACUUUUCUACGGUAUCCCCACCAAUGCCCAAGAGUGUGUACGGGUUGGUGAACAGUGAUUGGUCAAGCUGGUGAUUGGGAGCGUUGGUGGGGAGCGAUCACGUCACGAAGUGAGGCCAAGAAGCGACGAGGCGCAUGUAUCAAUGCGCAAUCGCAUCGGAACAGUUCAGGGAGUCGGGGAGGUCCGUGGCAAGGAAUAAACAGAGUGAAGAGACCGCGCGAGAGACGAAGAGUGGGGAAAGCGAGCGAGAGAGAGAGAGAGCAAGAGAGACAGAGAACGAACAGGCAGUGAGACGAUCACGAUGCACGGAGGCGAGCACAAGCGGCCAGGGGCACAGGGCUGAGGGCUGAGGGCUCGACAGGGCCUGGAAUAACGUUCACGGGACGGCCGCGGGCCAGCCAGCAGCAAUGGAACAGACGAAAACUCCCGCGUCCCGGCUACUUAGCACGAGUUGCAUAGAGAAUAAGGACGACUUGGAAGAGAAAUUUGAAAGAUGUUAUACAGUGCUUCAAAACCUGACUGCAGGACUGUCAGAAAAAGAAGCUCAUGAUACUCUGAACAAUGCUGUGUGUAAGGAUAAGACACACGAAGAAGUUUCGUUGGGGUUGUUAGUGGUCAUUCUGAUAGAUCCCCAAAGUGCUGCGAAAAGUUAUAGAGACUUGACAUUAAUUACGCGAGACGGUCUUGCUAUUGUAUUAGGACAUCUUAAUCAACUAGUACUUGAAAGAUACCUGCGACUGAAUGAUGUGACCAGAAGUCAGCUGUUAUGGCUGUUAAGGGAGAUGAUAAGAACCAGUGUAGCUGGUGUGGAUAAUCUUUGUUUAAGUUUGUUAAGGCAUGCAGCAGGUGGAGAUAUUUCGCCAAGAAAUUUAUUUUUAGUCGAUGCACUUUUAGAUAUUUUUCAAGAGAAUAGGCCUUGGUUGGAUAAGUUUCCUUUUUUAGUAGCAUCUAUUGUUUACACUUAUUUGCGAUUAAUAGAAGAUCAUAAUGCACCUCAUUUAUCUGGUUUACGUCAGAAAGAAGUUACCUUUACUGUAUCUCUGAUAAGAGAACGCAUGGUUGAUUGCUUAGUUAUUGGAAGGGAUUUGGUACGCUUACUACAAAAUGUGGCACGGAUACCAGAAUUUGAAGCACUUUGGAAAGACAUGCUUCUUAAUCCAAAAUCACUGUGCCCAAAUUUUAAUGGAGUUCUUCAGCUUUUACAAACUAGGACAUCUAGGAGGUUUCUACAAUCUAGACUUACUCCUGAUAUGGAAAGAAAGUUGGUGUUCUUAACAAGUCAAGUGCGUUUUGGUAAUCACAAAAGAUACCAAGAUUGGUUUCAAAGGCAGUACCUAGCCACUCCAGAAUCCCAAUCAUUAAGAUGUGAUCUUAUACGUUUUAUCGUCGGUGUUAUUCACCCAACAAAUGAGUUGUUGUGUUCAGAUAUUAUACCACGAUGGGCAGUAAUAGGAUGGUUAUUUACCACCUGCACAUCAACUGUAGCCGCUAGUAACGCUAAAUUGGCAUUAUUUUACGAUUGGUUAUUUUUUGAACCCGAAAAAGAUAAUAUAAUGAACAUUGAACCGGCAAUUCUCGUGAUGCACAAUUCUAUGAGGUCUCAUCCACCUGUCACUGCCACACUGCUAGACUUUUUAUGUAGGAUAAUACCAAACUUCUACCCACCUUUAACCGAAAAAGUGAGGAAUGGAAUCUUUUCAUCAUUAAGACAAAUUUUGGAGAAAAGGGUCUUGCCAAGUCUUUAUCCACUAUUUGAUAGUCCCAAGUUAGAUCGUGAAUUAAGGAGUAAGAUAAGGGAAACGUUUAAGGAAUUCUGUUUACCACCUAAUGCAGAUCCUGCAGGAAAUAAGGUUCCUGUAUAUUCAGGUAAAAUGGAAGAACUUAAUAAGGAUCUUACACCAGGAGCCACACUGGAUAAUACAACAAGUGCACCAGUAGAGAACAAUCAUAUAAAUCAAGACCCGGAACCGGCAUUCAGCGACGAAGAAGAAGAGAUGCCAUUAAGGAUAGUGACCAAAGUGGAAGAAGAGGACGAAGAAGAUGUCCCGCUAGCGAAUGUGAAGUUGAAGAAUGAACAGAAAAAUGCAAACUGUGUUGUGAAAAAAGAAGAUAUUACAUCUCAGUUAAAUUUAAUUUUAGAACCAGAAGAGUUAAGGACUGCUGUGGAAAGUUUGCACAGUGAAACAGACAAUGAAGUGAGGUGUCAAACAAUGGAAAGGAUAGUACAAAUGGUGGUAGAAGAUGAGAUAGACGCGGAAACUAUACCAGGAUUGGCUUCUUGCAUAUCAACUAUCUUAUCCUCACAAAUUACCUCCCAAAUAUUUCCAACGGAUAAUUUGAAUGAAGAAGCCUUGACUGAUAGUAUAAGCACACCGUUGUUUGUUAUGUUUCGAAAUCAGUUUCAGUUAUGCAAAGAAGAGGACAAUAGGCGGAAGCUUUUAGCUCGGGUAUUAGCAGAGAUGCAGAACGUCCAGUCAAGGAUAGGUUAUCUUUUACUUUACUUUCUGAAAGUAUGGGGAAGGGAAGAAGAAAAACGGGAAGGUGAACCAAGCAACGUAUUGAACGAUGUUAAAGCGUCAGUUUACAAAGACUUCUGUGCGCACCGGGAAAAGAAGUUAGAUGCGUGCUUGGUAUCUGAUUUAAAGCUGUGCCACGAGGACAACAUAUUCAUGCUUUGUUAUCUUGUGCCUGAUGUAUACAUGGGAUUUCAAAAUGUGACUUUAGGGAAUAUUCAGUUAUUGCAUUUGGUAGUGUCGACCGUUGAUGCAUGUCAAUUACAAGAAUUAGUCUGUCAAAUAAUGCAAGGACAUUUAAAAAUGUUAAAGAAGGAAUCCUUUACGUCAUUGUUAACAGCGAGUUUAAAUUGGGAAACCUUCGAACAAUACUGUUUUUGGCAACUUAUUUUUGCCCACGAUUUUCCAAUCGAUUAUGUACUGCCUGUUUUACCUAAACUUCAGUUUCGUGAUCAUGCAGAAGCAUUAACAUCGAUAUUGCUUAUGCUGAAACAAGAAAAGCCAACAUUAGAACUUCUACGACAAUUGCUUGCACGACAAAACGUAGAUGGAGACAUGUUCGUCGUAGCGGCAUUACGUUACUGGUGUCGUGAUUACGAAGAAAAACUUGGGGAAUUGCUCGCGAAUUUGUUGAGCACUCGUUAUCCAGCAACUAGUCCAAAUAAAAGAAAACGAUCGGCUGGUAAACACAAUCAGCAGCCUGGUCCACCUACGGGUGAGCAGGUUCUUGGGCAUUUGGAUCAAUUACGGCAACAUUGUACGUCGUCCGCUGAAUUACAGCUGUACCAUUCCGAGGGAAUGCAAAGAGCUCUACAACAAGCACAAGCGGCUAGCAGCGAUUCCUUAAGAAAAAGUUAUGGAGAUUUAUUCGCUUUAGCCGAAGUUAACGAGGAAAAUGAACCUCCCCCACCUCCGCCAACGAGUUCAGCACGGAAACAUGCGGCAGCAUCGACUGGGGCUGGUGGAGGUGCUGGCGGUAAAGGAGGUCAUAGAAAAACUGGUGCUAACACGAGAGAAAGAUCUAGUUCUAAAAGGCCACCUCCUCGGUAUCAUCUUAACAGUACAUCCAGUAGCGAGGAGGAGGAAAUCGUGAAUUUGAAACCAGCAAAAAAAAGAAAAAAAAUUAAUCCAGUGGGUUCUGACAGCGACUGACCACCCAGUGUCUUCAAAUGUCACAUGGACCACGUCACGUGUGUGCAGCAAGCUAAACUAGCCCUAAGAAUAGUAAGAUAAUAUAGUAUAUAUAAUAGAUCUCUAUUUAGCGCGACUUGUAAAUAUAGUGUAUGUCGAAAGUGAAUGCGAAACAAAAUACCGAUCACGAGAUCAUGCACAUAUUUCGCAGGCACAGUACAUUAACAAUGUUGUCAGAUUCUCUAUUUCCAUUAAUUCCAUUAUUUGUGUCAAAUACAUUCUAACGAAGGAAGAAUAAUAUAUCUAGAAUAUAUGUGAUACUUAACGCGAGGGAAAAUUUAUAAAUACUGGUUAUAGCUUUUCUAGGUAAAUACAUGUGACAGAUCAACUUGUCAUGGCACGUCGAUACUCUGAUUUUUAUUUAAAGGAGUAAAGAGGAUUUGUAUCAUUUAUCUGUCAGAUAAAGUUACCGAGAGGCAAAACUAGUCAUAAAUUAAAUUAUAUUUUGAUAUACUCUUAAAUAUACGUGAGCAUGGAUUUAAGAGUAGAAAAUUGAAUCUGGCAAUAUUGUAACGAGGGAUAAAGUGACACGAAACUUUUCUCUGUGAUCACUUUGUUUCUAAGAAAGAGAAAAAAAUAUCCAUUAUCCAUUAUUCAACUUCGUGGUUGACCUCAAAGAAUACGGACACGAUUGUGUUUAGUUUUAUUCGUAAUUUGUUUAUUAAUUUUGUGACUAGUAUAUUUGACCCUACUGUCCAAAUUUCAUUCGUUUCUUCUUUUUUCAUUAUGCGAUAAUAAUCGAUAAGGACUCGCGUCUCACAAACACAAUCAAUGAGGGGGGGAAAUGGUUACUUUUGUUGCCAUAAACUGUGAACGCAAUUUGUACGGAAUCGUUAAUAGCUUUUUAUUAGGAUUAAGGACCUUCUGCGGGAGAACAAGGAUGUAUCAAUAAUAUCUCGCUCCAGCACGAAGCGUACAGUUUUACGACCAAAUGUAUUUUACGUCUGCGCUUAGUAAGCAUAAUCAUUCUAAAGACGCAAAAAAUUUUUAUAUUUUGCACGAUGGAAGGUUGUCUGUUUUUUCUAGAACGGUGAGAAUUUUCACUCGUUACAAGUAUUUUACACGAGCACUCGUGAUGAUCAAUUUUUAUUCUAAUCGUAAUAUUUACGAUAUAUUUGUAUUUAGGGAAAUAAUACGUCUUUAAUAAUUAUGGGAGCGUAACGUAUACACCAAAUCAAUUUAUAAUUCGCGACAGUAUUUUAUUUAAACAAUGUUGUUAACGCCAUUGGCGUAACUAGGUAGGGAAUCAGGGUGGGCCUGCAAAAUCUUAAACUUAAUUUUCCAAAAGAUUUCCAACCUCACAAUUCCUAUAACCAAAUUUCCAACCUCACAAUUCCAAAUUUCUAAAUAUCCAAAUUUUAAAAUCCUCAGUUGUCGAAUUCCUAAUUUUCCAAAAACCAGUGAACAAGUAUCGGCCUACCCCAGGCAAAAAUCCUAAUUACGUAAAUGAGCAUCGCGUUGUUCCUGAUGAUGCAAUAUGUUGACUCAAUGAUGAUAAAGAAAGACAUACCUUCCAACGAGCAUAGAACCAGGCGUCAUGUACACUUAAGUCCUAGCGAAUGUAAGUAUGAAGUAUCAUUGUUCACCUCUGUACAUUUCCUGUAAAAUCGGUUACUUGUAAACAUAUUAUAAGUAGCUGCGUUAUGUAUUUUCUAGUUUGUACAUACCAGAAAGAGAGGGAGAGAGUGAGAGAGAGCGAUCGAAUAACGUGUGUAUCGUAUGCAUGUGUAUAAAACUACCUACAACGUGCGCGAACAAAUCUUUUUGAAAAUUCUUAGUACCAUUUUUUUUCCGUAAAUAGAGUUUGUAAUUUUGCACGAAUCGAAAGGUUAUGCGAACAAUUAUUGUAUCACACAAAUCGAGGAUAGAAAAAGGGUUAAUAGAAUGGCGUCUCGAACGACGAACGUAUUUUUUUUUUAUUUUAAAGUUACGCGCAUAGUGUACGUACGUACCAGCCAUUUGUAAUGGUGUAUAAUAAGGUGUGAUAGUCGAUAUUGUUAUUAGGUUUUUCUACUUGUACAUAAACUUGCGGCGUUAUGCGAGAAUAAUUUAAAAACGACGAUGAUUUAUCGCGAGAGGAUAAUAUACGACAUGUAUGAGAUUGUGCGAGAGACGGACAAACGGACGCGGAUGAGGAACAUAAACGCGAAAUUAACGAUGCGCGGGGCAAUACGAAAACAAAAUAAAAAAAAUAUAGACCUGUAAACAUUUAAUGUUUUUAACGAUCUUGUACACACGAAUACACAUGUAAAUACAUGAAUAUAUAUAUACAUAUACACAUGUAUGUAUAUAUAUAUUAUCGUAACGCGAGCAUAAACAUUUAAUGUUUUUAACGAUCUUGUACACACAGAUACACGUAAAUGUAAAUACAUCGAAAAAAAAUUACCGGAAGUAAACCUGUGAUUCCUA